UUUCUCUCUCGCUUUAUUACUCCAGUCUCUUCACCUCAUCUCGUAACACUUCCCACCCUCAAACAUGGCUUCUUCCGAUCAGUCACCACCCCCAGCCCCGGAAGUUCCCCAAGUUGAUUCGCCGGCUGUGGUAGCAUCACCUGUAGUAACGGUCUCUGUAACUGAGUCCGAUUCAACCGUCAAAACUGAAAAGGAGGAACCUUUGGCUUCAGCAUCGGAUUCCUCUGCCAUAAUAGAAACAGAAAAAGAAGAUACCCCGCCGCCUCCACCGCCUCCACCGCCAACAGAGGAGGUGUCAGAAUCUGCGUCGGUGGAAGUGGCCGAGCAAGUGGAGCCAUCGCAGUCGGUGGUUACAGAGUCUAAAUCACUGGCGGUGAUGAUGGAGAAAGAGCAACCAGGACUACUAGAGUCUCAGGAAACGGCGAUAGCUGCGGUUGAUACCACCCAAGAAGAGGUUGCCGUUGUUUCCGAGGAGAAAAAGAAAAUUCCUCUGAAUUUGGUCUCUUUCAAGGAGGAGAGCAAUAAAGUAGAUGAUCUCUCCGAUUUCGAGAGGAAGGCUCUGCAGGAGCUGAAGCAGCUGGUGCAGAAAGCUUUGGAUACUCAUCUAUUCACUUCUCCACCACCAAAACCUCCGUCUAAAGAAGAAAAGGGAGCUGAGCCCCCUUCAGAUGCUCCCAAAACUGAACCACCCGCGUCAGAAUCAAACAAAACCACCGAGAUAAAGCCACCGGAAGAAAACCCAGAAAAGGAAACAAAGGAAGAAACAAAACCAGAGUCGAUUCCACCGGAGGAGGUUUCAAUCUGGGGUAUCCCUCUCCUAAAAGAUGAUAGGAGCGAUGUUAUUCUCUUGAAGUUCUUAAGGGCGAGGGAUUUCAAGGUCAAGGAUGCAUUUACCAUGAUCAAGAACACAAUCCAGUGGAGGAAAGAGUUCGAGAUUGAUAAGCUUGUGGAGCAAGAUCUUGGCGAUGAUUUGGAGAAAGUUGUGUUUAUGCACGGAUAUGAUAGGGAUGGGCAUCCUGUGUGUUACAAUGUUUAUGGGGAGUUUCAGAACAAGGAAUUGUAUCAGAAAACGUUCUCGGAUGAGGCUAAGAGAAUGAAGUUUUUGCGUUGGAGGAUUCAAUUCUUGGAAAGGAGUAUAAGAAAGCUUGAUUUUAGCCCUGGUGGUAUUUCUACCAUUUUCCAGGUUAAUGAUCUCCAUAAUUCUCCUGGACCAGGAAAGAGAGAGCUUAGAUUGGCAACCAAAAAAGCCCUCCAGUUGCUUCAGGACAACUAUCCAGAAUUUGUAGCCAAACAGGUGUUUAUCAAUGUUCCUUGGUGGUAUCUUGCAUUCUAUACCAUGAUUAGUCCAUUCAUGACCCAGAGGACCAAGAGCAAGUUUGUUAUUGCUGGGCCGGCAAGGACUGCUGAAAUCCUUUUUAAAUACAUAUCACCUGAGCAAGUACCAAUACAGUAUGGUGGGCUGAGUGUCGAUUUCUGUGAUUGCAACCCUGAAUUCAGCACUGAUGAUCCAGUCACUGAGAUUACUGUGAAACCAGGAACCAAACAAACUGUUGAAAUAACAAAUUUUGAGACAUGUGUCCUUGUUUGGGAGAUCCGCGUCGUUGGGUGGGAGGUGAGCUAUGGAGCAGAAUUUGUGCCCAAUGCUAAAGAUAACUACACAGUUAUUAUACAAAAACCCAAAAAAAUGGCCCCAAGAGAUGAACCGGUUGUGUGUCAUAGCUUCAAAGUUGGUGAAGUGGGUAAGGUAUUGCUCACUGUGGACAAUCCAACCUCAAAAAAGAAGAAGCUUCUCUACAGGUUCAAGGUCAAACCCUUCUCUGAUUGAGGGUGUUCACUUUCGACUUUUGGAAACUUGGCCAUGGAAAUUUAAUUUAUUCUUAGGCUUAGCUAGUUCGUUAUUUUGGGGUGUUUUGUACAUUGUAUGAUUGUAUCAUUAGUGCGAGAAGAGUGCAGAUGGAGAGUGCAACAUGGUUUCGAAUUUAGUUUUGGGCAUGAGAGGUUUGCAAAUAAAUAGAAACAUUCCUCUUCAAGCAAAACACAAAUUUGCAUGACAAGCAGAGAGUUCUAUGCACCAAAAUUUUUAGUUGGCUUUUGAGUUAUGCGCUGUAUAUUUCAUUCUAAUAUUUGCAAAUCUUCCAUGCCCUAAUAGGUUGAGAAGAAUAUAUGUUUGUUAUUUUGGCUAUGUAUUAUUUGAGUUCCUAGAAACAUUUUAUUUGAGCAUUUAGUUCCUUGAACAUAAAAUCUUGCAUAUUUA